CUUAUCCGCUAUGUCGGGAAGAGGGAAGGGUGGCAAAGGCUUGGGCAAGGGUGGCGCUAAGCGCCACCGCAAAGUCUUGAGAGAUAACAUCCAAGGCAUCACCAAGCCCGCCAUUCGGCGCCUUGCUCGGCGCGGGGGAGUCAAGCGCAUCUCCGGCCUCAUUUACGAAGAGACCCGAGGUGUGUUGAAGGUGUUCCUGGAGAAUGUCAUUCGGGACGCGGUCACCUACACGGAGCACGCCAAGCGCAAGACGGUUACUGCAAUGGACGUGGUGUACGCGCUCAAACGGCAGGGACGCACCCUGUAUGGCUUCGGAGGAUAAGCUGCAGCUUCUGUGCUACGUGACAAUCUCAAAGGCCCUUUUUAGGGCCAACCACACAGUCAUCAGAAGAGCUAGACACUUGCCUGAAGUAUAGGUAAUUUUGAAUUUGGGGGUUGGUUAGUAGUGGGAUCAGGAGUCUAGAAGGUACCGAUGCCCAAAAGUGCUAACAGCCCUGAAAACCCGAGUCACUUAC